AUGACGAAUUGCGAAAUGAGCAGGAGCACACAAGCUGAUCCGGUUCUCGAGGCGCUACAAGUUCUGGUUGACACGCAUCAUGACAGAAGCAGGAGCCCACAUCCGUCCAACACUUGGGAAGAGAAUGGGGAACUGGCCAAGGAUGAUCUAGAUGAGAAAAAAAAACUGUUGGACGAACUCCGAUCGAGUCUCUUGCCGUUGAUGAAACAUGAACUGAAGACUCUUUCAACUGCACUCGACCGGCCACACGAUUCUAGCGAAUAUACAAGCCCGGACAUCAAAUUGACCUUGCAGACUUUAUCAAAUCUCGAUCUGACUAUGCAAAAAUCCUUACACUAUGUCAAGUCCUCUCCCCUCAAAGCACUUCAACCGACAGAUACCUGCGACCACCACUUUGAACAAUGUAAAAGUUUCAGACUUUUUAAUCUGGAGACACAGAUCGGUUUUUUAGAGAUGCAUUUAUCUUUCACAUUCUCGGCCUACCUGAAAUCGUUCAGAUCCUCUAAUCUUCCAAUCAAGCGCCCAGAUGACCCUGGGUAUCGAGCUCCAACCCCAAGAGAGGAAACAAAUUCCUGCCUCUAUGAGAUUGACCAGGCAAUUAAAUGGUCCCAAGCAUCCGACUUUGCUUUGCUCCAAUUGAAAUGGCGAGGCGUAGUUAAAGGUUUCCAUGACCUACUGGCUCGCCUUGCAAGCUUAAUUGGCCGUCGACAAGAGAACAACAACGUUUUCAGGAAUUAUAUCGUUGAGCAGGCUAGAUUAAACAUACCUAUCAUCAAGUUGCUAAGAACCUUAUACCAUAAAAUAUCAAACACGACCACGAAGAAACUCAUGUUUACGUUAGAUACAGAGGUCAACUCCAAUACACUGCAUACGCUAAACCAAGAACCUGACAUAAUUUUGUACAAUUGCACAGUCCACGUUAAAUGCUUGGAUGAGAGUUAUAGAUAUAACUCAAUGACUGAUACUAGUCGGUCUCUGUACGAUCGGAACAAAUGUCUGUCACAAACUGUCGAAUCUACCGUAGCUCUUCUAGCCUUGUACAUCAUCCCUUUAUCCCCAAAAGUUGACCACUCCUCCCUUGAAAGUGACUUCAAGGCUUGGCUUUCCGAGUGGCACGUUUUGUGGCAGACCGCCAAACAGCGUUUUAUGGAUGCCAUGUAUAUCUAUGAAGAGGAGAAUCAAUAAUUAAAAAAUAAUUAAUCCAUGGUAUCAAAUAGGCGUUGUAAUCCAGAUCAGUUUUUGCCAUCAUUAUCACAUUACCCCUCGUCUAUCGCUCCGAUGACACCACGUGUUAGAUUUGGUCUUCUCAAGCCUGUUCUCUCCAUUUUUGUAUUACCUAGAAUGAUAAAGAAAUUAAGUAAGCAGCACCCAUUGAAG